CCUGGUGGCUCUUCCGACAUCGGCAAGAUAGAGUCGCUGAACGGCCAUAGCCUGCCUCGUAAAGAUGAACGUCCUGCCGAGAUAGGCGAUACUAAUGACUAUCUUCCUUUAGCCAGAAGCGGGAGUCGCGAAGGCACCCUUUGCAGUGACGAGGGAGGCGAGGGCGACGAGCCCGAGCUGGCCAAUACUAAGCUACCUCUGCAUCUACCCGACAGCCAAGACUGGAUCGACUUUCGGCGCGAUGUUGGCGGACACUGUAUUACCAAUCUCGGAGAGGACUACCGUACUUUGGUUCCAGGCGACAGAGGAAAGCAGCGUGAGGAUGGUUCUGUCGUGCUACCACAAGUACAGGAGAGUCAGGCAAGCAUGCCGAGGUUGUCGGACAGUGAGCGGAACGACACGGGUGAGGUGGCCAAUACCGAGCCAUCCAUGCAGUCGUCCGCCAGCCAAGACCGGGCUAACCUUCAGAACAACAUCGCUCGUCGUCGAAGUUACGAUACCGGCGACGAGGAGAACUGCUCUCCUAUUAUGGGAAGUGACGCCAAGCAGGGCAAGGACGAGGUCACCCAGCCACCGCGCAAGCGCCGCAGCAUACGCACUUCGGCCCCUACAACCUGCA